AUGGAAAGGUGGACAUGGUUGCUUGCAUUGGGAUCAUCAUUCUCUCUCCUUAGUCUGGCCUCUCCUGACAGCUAUAGACUUUUUUUGUUCUCUGCUGGCUGCUCAUGUUUCUUAUUUGCACUUUGUAAACUUUUUCCACUUCCUUGUACUUCUCUUUUCCUCUCUCUCCUCAAUUUUUCCUCUUUUUUUUUUUCAAUUUCCUUAUACUCUCUUUCCCUCUCUCUCCUUAAUUUUUCCUCUUUUUUUCAACUUCCUUUUACUCUCUUUCCCUCUCUCUCCUUAAUUUUUCCUCUUUUUUUCUAUUUGUCUCUUUAUUUCUUUCCCUUGGAUAGCCAAGGAACUGGCAUCUUUUGUUCGUUUCUUCUUCCCUCCUUCUCUACCCUUCUUCUCUUCUUCUUCCUUCUUCUUCCUUUCUUCUUCUGCUUCCCUCCUCCUUCCUCUUCUCUUCUUGUUUUAAAGAUUGCUACUUAUCGAUUCUUGUAUUCCCACCACCAUUCUCCUAAUUGCUCUCUCCCUUUAACUCCCACUCUUUUUCCUCUCUCUUUUCCCCCAACUCUUUUCUCUCUCUCCCACGGCUCCUUUUUCUCUCUCUCCUCACCCCCAGCACUUUUCUCUCUCUUCUUCACCACUACUCUUUUUCUUCUCUCUUUCCUCCCACUGCUCUUUUUGUCUCUCUCGUAUAUACACUCUUCUUUCCUGUCUUCCUCUUUUCUUUCUUUAUCUCUCUCUCCCUCACUUCAUCUUUCCUUUUGUAUCAUACACCCUAUUUUCUCUUCUCUAAUUGUCUCUUCUUUCUUUUCUCCUUUCUAUAACUGCUUAUCACUUUCUUUCUUACAUUGA